GCUUCCCUCUGCCUUUCUCCCUCCCCCUUGUCUGCGCCGCAGCCCCCUUCUCUCUCCGCCCCCCGGGUGUGUCAGAUUUUUCAGUUAAUAAUAUCCCCCGAGCUUCAAAGCGUAGCCAGUGACAGUCAUCUGUCUGGACGCGCUGGGUGGAUGCGGGGGGCUCCUGGGAACUGUGUUGGAGACGAGCUAACGCUAGCCAGGCGCAAGCGCGCACAGACAGCCACCGAGGACACCCCCCACAGUCUACCCGGAGCCCCCCGCGCAGUAUCGCCACUGGAUCACCGGCAGUCGGCGGGAGGUAAGGAGCGGGGGUUGCAAACCGCCCGGCGCCCUGUGAGAGGCAAGCGCGGCGGGAAGGCAAGCCCUGGACCGGAUUACGGCUAGCGCACAGGGCGCCCGAAUAUGCCUGGGGGACUGUUUCUGCUUCCGAAACAAAACGAUCUCUGGGUUUUCCCUGAAAAGCCAGUUCCAGUCCAGAAGGUGCUCCGGCUAGAAGAGACCCACCCUAAUCCUUUUACUGCCCUUGCCAGAAGGGUGUAAUGGCUUCAUCGGAAAAAAAAAAAAUCUCUCUUCUCUAUAAGAUUGUAUGUAUUUGAGCUGACGGGGAGCCACGUCGGAGGUUGGUGCCGGCCCCCACCUUCCGCGCCCCCCACGGGAAGGAAGCACCCCCCGUAUUAAAAAGAGCGCAGCGGAAAGAAGCCCUCAUUCGCCGGCCAGGAGGCGAGCCAAUGCCGAGCUGCACGGCGUCCACCAUGCCUGGGAUGAUCUGCAAAAACCCGGACCUCGAGUUUGACUCGCUGCAGCCCUGCUUCUACCCGGACGAAGAUGACUUCUACUUCGGCGGCCCCGACUCGACCCCCCCGGGAGAGGACAUCUGGAAGAAGUUUGAGCUGCUGCCCACGCCCCCACUGUCGCCCAGCCGUGCCUUCCCGGAGCACAGCCCGGAGCCUCCGAACUGGGCUACGGAGAUGCUGCUGCCCGAGGCCGACCUGUGGGGUAACCCGGCCGAGGAGGACGCGUUUGGCUUGGGGGGACUGGGCGGCCUCACCCCCAAUCCGGUCAUCCUCCAGGACUGCAUGUGGAGCGGCUUCUCUGCCCGGGAGAAGCUGGAGCGCGCCGUGAGCGAGAAGCUGCAGCACGGCCGCGGGGCGCCCGCUGCCGGCACCGCAGCCCCGGCCCCGGGAGCAGGCGCAGCCAGCCCUCCCGGCCGCGGCCAUAGCGCUUCUGGGGGUGCGGGCCGCGCUGGGGCCGCCCUGCCCACCGAGCUUGCCCACCCGGCCGCCGAGUGCGUGGAUCCCGCCGUGGUCUUCCCCUUCCCAGUCAACAAGCGGGAGUCGGCGCCGGUGCCUGCCGCCCCUGCCAGUGCCCCGGCGGCGGGGACUGCAGUCCCCUCUGGGCCGAGUGCUGCAGCCCCGGCCAGUGCCCCAGCGGCUGCUCCUCCGCGCGCAGGAGGCCGCCCGGCCAGCAGCAGUGACCAGAAGGCUCUCAGCACCUCCGGAGAGGACACCCUCAGCGACUCAGAUGAUGAAGAUGACGAAGAGGAAGAUGAAGAGGAAGAAAUUGACGUGGUCACUGUGGAAAAGCGGCGCUCUUCCUCCAAUAGCAAGGCUGUCACCACCUUUACCAUCACCGUGCGUCCCAAGAACGCAGCUCUGGGCCCAGGGAGGGCUCAAUCAGGUGAACUGAUCCUCAAACGCUGUGUCCCCAUCCACCAGCAACACAACUAUGCCGCCCCCUCGCCCUAUGUGGAGAGUGAGGAUGCGCCACCGCAGAAGAAGAUUAAGAACGAGGUGUCCCCGCGUCCCCUCAAGAGCGUCGUUCCCCCAAAGGCUAAGAGCUUGAGCCCCCGCAACUCUGACUCGGAGGACAGUGAGCGCCGCCGCAACCACAAUAUCCUGGAGCGCCAGCGACGCAAUGACCUGCGGUCCAGCUUCCUUACGCUCAGGGACCACGUGCCAGAGCUGGUGAAGAACGAGAAGGCCGCCAAGGUGGUCAUUUUGAAAAAGGCCACGGAGUACGUCCACUCCCUUCAGGCAGAAGAGCACCAGCUUUUGCUGGAAAAGGAAAAAUUGCAGGCAAGACAGCAGCAGUUGCUAAAGAAAAUUGAACACGCUCGGACUUGCUAAACGUUUCUCAAAACUGGACAGUCACUGCCACUUUGCACAUUUUGAUUUUUUUUUUUUUAAACAAAUAUUGUGUUGACAUUAAGAAUGUUGGUUUACUUUCAAAUCAGUCUCCUGUCGAGUUUGGAUCUGGGUGGGGGAGCAGGACCUUAGGACUGGGCCUGCCUCGAUGUGACGCUGGACGGCCCUCGCAGCGUUUCCUCCACCUCACCUCUGAGAUGCAGUAGAAGUUCAUGACAAGUUGAGAGCCUUUGGGGCUGUUGAAGUCACCUUGUUCCAAGUUUCCAAACAACAGAAAGGCAUUCCUUCUUUUUAAAAAUGGUGCUUAAGUUUCAGCAGAUGUCACUUAAGGGGUUUGCCGUUUGAUACCCCUGGGGAACAUUUCUGUAAAUACCAUUGAUACACUGCCUUGUGUACAUGUCUUGGGUAAUGAAAGGUGGUGGCUUUCGCGGCCAGUAUUAGACUGGAAGUUCAUACCUAAGUACUGUAAUACCUCAAUGUUUGAGGAGCAUGUUUUGUAUACAAAUAUAUUGUUAAUCUCUGUUAUGUACUGUACUAAUUCUUACACUGCCUGUAUACUUUAGUAUGAUGCUGAUACAUAACUAAAUUUGAUACUUAUAUUUUCGUAUGAAAAUGAGUUGUGAAAGUUUUGAGUAGAUAUUACUUUAUCACUUUUUGAACUAAGAAACUUUUGUAAAGAAAUUUACUAUAUAUAUAUGCCUUUUUCCUAGCCUGUUUCUUCCUGUUAAUGUUAUUUGUUCAUGUUUGGUGCAUAGAACUGGGUAAAUGCAAAGUUCUGUGUUUAUCUCUUCAAAAUGUAUAUAUUUAGUGCUGCAUCUUAUAGCACUUUGAAAUACCUCAUGUUUAUGAAAAUAAAUAGCAAUUAAAUGA